CCAGCCCAACACCAGCUCAAGAACCUACUGCAAUGUGGAACCUCAAGUCGCCGCAUCGGUUCCUCGCCGCCGUCUUCUUCGCGCUGCUCGCAAUCGCAGCCAUCACCACUGCGUCUGCGGAUGACCACUUGGCGACGCGCCAUCACUGCGACUUCAAUUCACGCUCAAGCGCGACUCCAUGAAAAUCUACGGCCAGUCCCAGUUCUACGUCUUCGCCAACCCGGUAGUGUCCUCCGACAACACUUCCGUUCUUUACGACGGCUACGCUGCGUUCAUGGACGGCUCCACGGACUACACGUUGAGCCUUGUGAACGGCAUCGCGUACUUUGUGACUUCGACGGUGGGCGACUCGAGCUCGCAGUCGGCACAGUGUCUGUCGUCGAGCCUCCUUCCACCGAUCAACUCCAUCGUGUCGGCACUCAACGGCGCCACGGCCAUUGCUGGUGCGUCUGCAGGCAACGACACCAUUACGUGCGCGACCGGAGACCUGUUCCAAGCCACGCUCGGUGACGCGACCUUCGUGAUCUGCUCGGCUGGCUCGGACGGCUUCACCAUCUACGGCAGUGACCUGGACAUCAGCGUCGAGUACCUCGACAGUCCUGUGGCGAUCACCGCGCCCACGCUGAGCGGUGACGCAGCUCUUUCGUGCGAGACGGUGGUCACUCCUACUACGGUCACGCCGACGACGCUUGCUCUGCUCACAGGCGAGGCCGUGUCCUCGUCUAGCAGUCGCAAGCUGAAGGCUGAGGCUACUACGACGCUGGCCUCGUCGUCUUGCAGUUGCAAGUCGACCCCACGUCCGUGCAUCUUCUUCCACGGCCUGGGCUCCGACACCGAGGAGACCACCCUGCAGACGACGUCCAGCUACUUCGGAGACCUGACUGACAGCGCUCCGUGCUGCACAUCCAUCCAGUACGCCGCCUUGAACACCGUCGACUACGCUUGGACGGACGCGACGCUGCAGCAGAAGGUGUGCAACUUCGCCAUCUCCGUGAGCAGCACGAGCAGUUCGUCAUCAAAAACGAUCGCGGAUACGAUCGUGGUCACGCACUCGAUGGGCGGCCUCAUGAUGGCCGGCGCCAUCGCAAACAGUCGUUGCAGCCUGGCCUCGAGCAGUACGUGGGUGAGUCUGAGCGCGCCGAUGACGGGGAGUAUGGGCGCGGACUACCUUGAGGGCGCGUGCGCCGGCAGCAACGUGUUCCUGCAAGCCGUGGCCAACUUGAUUGGAGAGUGUCCAGCCAGCACCGCUGUUGUCGCUCUCUCGUACGAGGGCGCGACUUACAGCACGUCAGCGCUGAACACGGCCUAUGUUGCUGCUCAGUCGGCGUUCCGGUCGAACGUCGAUGCUGCGAUCUGUAGUGACAACUACUCGGGCCUGCUUUCAGUUUACCAAGCGGAGUAUAUUUUGGCUGGUGAAGUGAUCCCGCACAAAUCCAGUGAGAACGACGGAGUCGUGGAGUACCAAAGCUGCGCUGGGGGUCUGUCCACGUCCAAGUUCGGCACUACCUACGACGACACCUUUUAUUUGACGGGGCUCAACCACAUCGACACCACCUUCCGCAAUGGCGACUCGCUGGUUACGAACUCGAAGAAGCCGGUCAAGUGGUUUGAGUGUUUGUUGUAA